AUGGCUGCACCAAAACGUUGUGCCUCCGACGACAAUGAGUUCCUGGACGGAACCAGCAGCUCCAAGAAGUCGUGUCCGGGUGGCAGCAGAACCAGCAGCUCCAAGAAGCCUGGACACGUAGCUGCUCUGAUUCUGGCCCGAGGUGGAAGCAAAAGGAUCCCGUUGAAGAACAUCAAGACUCGUUAUGUACCGACUUCUGGACACGAAGCUGAAGAAAUGAUACGGCAGAUGCCAGCUGUCUGAAACUGGCCGGUCUGAGCGCAGUACCUGCAGACGCUCCACCAGAAGCCGCUCAAGCUGCCAAGUACACCUGCAAGAACGCCGGAGGGGGGGGAGCCGUGAGAGACUUCGUUGAACACGUGUUGCUGCAGAAGGAGCAGGUCAAAGCCCAGAUGAAGCAGGACCGGAUUGACCGCAACAACUUCUGAUAGCAGCCUACAGGAACGACAGUCAUUAGGGCACAUUUAUAGGAAGCUCAGGGACAGUGAUCACCAUGAGCAGCUCUGCAGAAUCACAGUGGCUUAGAAAACAUAGUGUUCAGAGUCAGACGUGUCGUUACAGAGAACAUCAUCCUGCAUUUGCUGCUGAUUCUUAACACUAAAAGCUGAACAUCAUCUUGUCUUUGCUGCUUAUUCUUAUCACUAAAAGCUGAACAUCAUCUUGUCUUUGCUGCUUAUUCUUAACACUAAAAGCUGAACAUCAUCUUGUCUUUGCUGCUUAUUCUUAACACUAAAAGCUGAACAUCAUCUUGUCUUUGCUGCUUAUUCUUAUCACUAAAAGGUGAACAAUUCAAA